UGAUGCAAUAAUUUGACUUCGGGGGACUGGAGAAGCGAACUCCAGAGACUAGAAAAGCCGGAAGCGGGUCUUCCCUUGCCAUCGGCGAGAUCGGUUUUGAAGAAGCGCGGGAGGAAGGAAAAUCGACCGGCGAGCAGGGCCGAUGGCGAAGCCGGGCGGCGGCGGCGGCGGCACGGAUGAAGAGGAGCUCGUGAAGGCGGCGUCGGCCGUCAUAGAAGGAGACGGGCAGAAGGUCGUCAUGGCCGUCCGUGUCUCCAAAAGCCGCGGCAUUUGGGGGAAGUCCGGCAGGUUGGGUCGUCACAUGUCCAAGCCUAGGGUUUUGGCCGUCACUGCCAUGUUUUCGUCAAAAGGACAACAGAAAAAGGCUCUUAUCCAUGUCCUGAAGUAUUCAUCUGGAGGUGUUUUGGAGCCUGCAAAGCUCUACAAGCUUCAACAUCUAUCUAAAGUGGAGGUUGCUUCAAAUGAUGACUGCACAUUUACACUGGGAUUUGAUAACUUUAGAAGCCAGACUGUUUCACCUCCACAGUGGACCAUGCGCAACACCAAUGAUAGGAAUCGUUUUCUUGUUUGUAUCUUAACUACGUGCAAGGAUAUGGUUGGUCACCUUCCAAAAGUCACUGGGAUAGAUGUUGUGGAGAUGGCUAUUUGGGCUAAGGCACAUACUCCUGCGGUGGCUAGUCAGACAAAUGCUCAGAUUGGGUCCACUGCUUCUUCUUUGGAACCAAAUGACUUGAAAGUGACUGUAGAACGGGACCUUGUCUCACAAGCUGAAGAAGAGGAUAUGGAGGCACUUCUUGGCACGUAUGUUAUGGGCAUUGGUGAAGCAGAGGCAUUCUCAGAGAGGUUAAAGCGAGAAUUACUUGCGCUUGAAGCAGCAAAUGUGCAUGCCAUUUUGGAAAGUCAGCCGUUGAUAGAAGAGGUUCUGCUUGGACUGGAAUCAGCAAUGGUAUGUGUAGAUGAUAUGGACGAGUGGCUUGGCAUUUUCAAUGUAAAGCUCAGACAUAUGCGAGAGGAUAUUGCAUCAAUAGAAUCCAGAAACAAUAAGCUAGAGAUGCAGUCCCUAAACAAUAAGGCACUCAUUGAGGAGCUUGAUAAACUUCUUGGGCGUUUGCGUGUUCCUUCUGAGUAUGCAGCAUCACUAACAGGAGGUUCAUUUGAUGAGGCACGGAUGCUUCAAAAUGUGGAAGCUUGUGAAUGGUUAACUGGUGCCUUGCAUGCUUUGGCGGUUCCCAACUUGGAUCCCUGUUAUGCUAAUAUGCGAGCUGUUAAGGAGAAGAGGUUAGAGCUUGAAAAGCUGAAGACAACUUUUGUUAAGCGAGCAUCUGAGUUCCUUCGUAAUUACUUUGCUAGUUUGGUGGAUUUUAUGAUAAGUGACAAAAGUUAUUUCUCUCAGCGAGGGCAGUUGAAGAGGCCUGACCAUGCUGAUUUGAGAUAUAAGUGCAGGACAUAUGCACGACUUCUGCAGCACCUGAAGAGUCUGGAUAAGACAUGCUUGGUUCCUCUUAGGAAAGAAUAUUGUCGAUCACUUAAUCUGUUGCUUCGUAGAGAGGCUCGUGAGUUUGCAAGUGAACUUCGUGCAAGUACUAAAGCAUCAAGGAAUCCCACUCUUUGGCUUGAAGCUUCUGUAGGUUCGAGCCAAGUGGCGGCCAAUGCAGACACUUCUUCUGUCUCUGAAGCAUAUGCCAAAAUGCUUACCAUUUUUGUUCCUCUACUGGUUGAUGAGAGUUCCUUCUUUGCACAUUUUAUGUGCUUUGAGGUCUUGGCCCUUGUCCCACAGGGGGUUCCUUCUGCUUCUGUGAACAAGGGUGAUUCUCACAGUGAUGACCUUAAUGACGAAGAUCUUAGUCCCAUGGAUGCGGAUGGGAAUGAUUUAAAGCCUGGCAAAGAUGCUGCUGAACUAAAAGCACUAAAUGAAGCUCUUAAAGAUCUUCUUGAUGGUAUUCAGGAGGACUUCUAUGCAGUAGUAGAUUGGGCAUACAAGAUUGAUCCUCUCCGUUGCAUAUCCAUGCAUGGGAUUACCGAGAAGUACCUCUCUGGCCAGAAAGCUGAUGCAGCGGGUUUUGUGCGUCGGUUGCUGGAUGACCUUGAGUCUAAGAUCUCCUCACAGUUCAACAAGUUUGUGGAUGAAGCCUGUUACCAAAUUGAGCGCAAUGAAAAAAGCAUUCGUCCUUAUGGUGUCUUCCCAUAUAUUCCAAGGUUUGCAACUCUUGCAACACGCAUGGAGCAGUACAUCCAAGGGCAGUCCAGGGACUUGGUUGACCAAGCAUAUACAAAAUUUAUUAACGUAAUGUUCACAACAUUAGAUCGCAUUGCACAAACUGAGCCUAAGUAUGCUGAUGUUGUACUUCUUGAAAACUAUGCUGCUUUUCAGAACAGCCUUUAUGACCUAGCCAAUGUUGUGCCAACACUUGCUAAAUUUUACCAUCAAGCUAGUGAGUCAUAUGAGCAGGCUUGCACACGGAAUAUUACUUCAAUUAUAUACACUGUAUUUGACAAGUUAUUUCAGUUUGGUCGUAAAAUCGAAGAUUUGAUGUAUACCAUUCCUGCAGAGGAGAUCCCUUACCAAACCGGUCUGUUCAAAACAGAUCUUCGGAAGGUGUUGAGGGCCACUCUACCUGUGAUGGAUAAAUUGAUUGCCACCAUGUACAAAAGAUUGCAGAAAAAUUUAACGUCUGAGGAACUGCUGCCUUCACUAUGGGAUAAAUGCAAGAAGGAAUUCCUUGAGAAGUACGAAAGCUUUGUUGUAUUAGUUUCCAAGAUUUAUCCUACGGAGGACACCUUGCUAUCCGUUGCUGAAUUGAAAGAGAUGCUUGCAAUGUAAAAGCCGCUUGAGUUGUACAUAUUUAGACGACAUCAUGGUUGUCUUAUUCCAGUGAGUUUUUUUCCUCCAUGGAUGCAUUUCACUGAGCGUAGUUUAGCCGUAUUCAGUGAGCCUUUUCUACCAUGGAUGCAUUUGACUGAGCGCUUCCUGGUGUACCUUACGUAUUUGUGCCAUAUGACUAUAUUGUUUCUCAUGUUCUAUCAGUCGAAGGCUCUGUAUUCCAUCUUUAUGCUUGUAACGUAUGGACGUCACUUCUAUUAGAAAGGAAUUUUUAGCUCUGCCAGCAGCA